AUGCUAAAACACUUUGUUGAAGGGUUUGUUGGGAACCUUGGGGAAUAUGAUCAGACUCCUGGCUUGUUGCGAAUAUUUUGUGAAUCAGAAUGGCCAACAUUUGGUGUUGGGUGGCCGCCUGAGGGCACCUUUUCAGUUGAUAUAGCGCAACAGGUGCACAGCAUAGUGGUAACCCCGCCAGGAGACCACCCAGACCAGUACUCUUAUAUUGAUUCAUGGCUCAGUCUGCUCCAAAACCCUCCCCCUUGGCUGAAACAAUGCAUGAAGGCAACGAAGACCGUCCUGCUGUUGAAGCCAAGGGGAAAGCCCAAAAAGGAUAGGGGUAGCUGUUGUACUCGAGCAAUUGGCGACGCAUCUUAUCAAGGUCAGGUAGAAAGAAGCAAGCGCCAGCAACUGGUGCCAAAACCACAACCUGCGGAGCUGAAACUGAUCUAUCCCCCUUCAGAUCAGACUGAUUUCGAAUGGCCCCCUCCCUAUGUACCCGCUGCACCUCCACCGGGACCCCGCCAACAGCAUGUUCCUGCGGCAUCCCCUGCAGCGCCCCCGCCAAGCCCAGACUCGGUCCAGCCUAGCACCCGACCAGCCCCCGGCGCACCAGAGAAAACCGUUAGAACGCACCCGAUGACUACCAGGUCCCAGGUGUCGCCUGCCCUGGCUCGGGAGUUUCAGGGAUGGCCUGGGUACUCAUGGAAGGCCCCAUGGAGCCCCACUAUAUCUAGCAUUCAGGGCAGAAAAACCCGAGAGAGAUCCAAUUCCCUUACGGGCCCCCUCGAUUUCGGCUCUGGCUGUGCAGUGCAGAUAAAGACCCAGCCGGCGGAGAAUGAGGAAGCGGCCCCGCCUGAGGGCGCGGCGGCUCUGUCUUCCCCUGGCUCUCCAUCGAACCCCUCCGUGGCUCAGGUGAUGCCCUUGCGGCAGAUUCAGACCCCCCAGUUUUUGGGCGCGGGUGGGCAGAUUCAGGGAGGGCAGAGCCGGUAUAUUUACACGCCUUUCUCCUCCGCCGACCUUCUUAAUUGGAAGACCCAUGUAGCCUCCUAUACUGAAAAACCUGAAGCGCUUACCAACCUUCUAACCAGUAUAAUGGGCACGCAUUGCCCAACCUAUCUAGAUUGCCAGCAACUCUUUCUGACCCUCUUCACAACCGAGGAGCGUCAGCGUAUUUUCAGUGCCGCUAAAAAGAAAGCCGAGGAAGCCACCCCAGCCGAUGCGCCUGACCGCGCCCAGUGGCUCGCAGAGAGCUUCCCGAACACUGACCCUAAUUGGGAUCCCAAUUAUACAAAUCACAUGCGGUUGCUGAAGGCAUAUAGAGGCUAUUUGCUGGCCGGAAUGAAGGAAGCCGGCAAGAAGGCUACCAAUAUGAGUAAAAUUGCGGAGGUCCUCCAAAGGCCAGAUGAGGCCCCCGGAGCCUUCCUCGAGCGCCUUUAUGAGGCUUACCGGCUAUAUUCACCCUUUGAUCCGGAAAAAGCUGAGAAUCAGCGGAUGGUGAACUGUGCCUUUGUGAGCCAGGCAGCUGGUGAUAUUAAGCGGAAGCUUCAGAAGCAAGAGGGGUUUGCAGGUAUGAACAUCAGCCAGCUGUUAGAAAUAGCCCAAAAAGUGUUUGUAAAUCGGGAGCAGGAAGCUAAAAGGGCAGAAGACAAAAAGCUCAAAAUGAAAGCUGCCCUGCUCGCUGCCGCCAUCGGGGAACGCAGUGGAAAACAGGGACCCCGAGAAGACAGGCGAGCCCGGCCCUUGGUCAAAGUGAAGGUGGGGGGCCAGGAGCUAUCCUUCAUGAUUGAUACUGGAGCUGAGUUUUCCGUGGUAAAUACGCAGAUUGCACCCGUCACCAAGCAAACUGUGCCCAUUGCCGGGGCCACGGGACGUGCGGGGCCCAGGCCGUUCUUGCAGGAGCGGAUUUGUAACUUGGGGUCCCAUCUUGUCCAGCAUAAAUUCCUGUAUGUCCCUGAGUGCCCCAUUCCAUUGCUAGGGCGAGACAUCUUGUCCAAGCUACGGGCAGCCAUCCACUUCGAGAAAGAUGGCCGAGCCACCGUGGCAUUCAACACUGACCCGGCAGGAAUGUAUGUGCUGACCUGCCCCCUCGAAGAGGAAUGGAGAUUGUUCCAGAACCCCCCGACGACCACUUUGACGGAUGAAUGGGCUUCCGUAGUCCCAGGCGUCUGGGCCGAAGAUAACCCACCCGGCUUGGCCCGAAAUCAUGCUCCCAUCACUAUUGAGCUUCAACCAGGUGCUCAGCCUGUUCGCCUACGACAAUACCCCAUCCCAUGGAAAGCCAUGGAAGGCAUCCAAAAGCAUCUGGACAGACUGCUGAAGUACGGCAUCCUCAAAGAAUGCCAGAGCCCUUGGAACACUCCAUUGCUGCCAGUCCAGAAGCCGGGCACCGGUGAGUUUAGACCAUGCCAGGACCUUCGAGCAGUAAAUAAGAAGACGGUCACUUUGCACCCGGUCGUGCCAAACCCUUAUGUGUUAUUAGGGCUGGUGCCACAGCAAGCCGACUGUUUUUCUGUCUUGGAUCUCAAGGACGCUUUUUUUUGUCUGCGCAUUGCCCCAGCAAGCCAGCCCAUUUUUGCGUUCCAGUGGCAAGAACAAGGCACUGGGAGGAAGCUUCAGUACACGUGGACCCGGCUGCCGCAGGGGUUCAAAAAUAGCCCCACUCUUUUCUCUAACGCACUGGCGCAAGACCUGCAAGACUUUGACGCGGCCCCCGGACAAUGUGUUUUGAUUCAGUAUGCAGACGAUUUGCUGAUUGCUGCGCAUGGCCAGGAGCGCUGCUAUCAGGCAACCCUUGAACUUUUAGAUUUACUGUGGAAAGCCGGCUACAAGGUGUCCAGGAAAAAGGCCCAGUUGUGCCAAACUGAAGUGAAGUAUUUGGGAUUCCACGUGUCCCAGGGGACUCGGGCACUGGGACAUGAAAGAAAAGAAGCUGUUUGCGCCCUCCCCGAACCCACCUCCAGACGCCAGGUGAGGGAGUUCCUGGGUGCAGCCGGAUUCUGCCGAGUGUGGAUCCCUAACUUUGCCCUGAUAGCCAAACCCCUAUAUGAAGCUACAAAGGGGGGAGAGAAGGAACCAUUCCUGUGGACACCGGAGCAGGUGAAUGCUUUUAAAGAACUUAAGCGGCUGCUGCUGGAAGCACCCGCCCUAGGGUUGCCAGAUGUGGAGAAACCCUUCACUCUUUUUGUCCAUGAGCGAAGUGGAGUGGCCAUUGGGGUUCUGACCCAAGCCUUGGGCUCUUGGCAACGCCCGGUCGCCUACCUGUCAAAGCAGCUAGACUCGGUAGCCAAGGGAUGGCCCGGCUGUCUUCGUGCUAUUGCAGCCGCUGCUGAACUUAUCAAAGAAGCUGACAAGCUGACUCUGGGCCAGGAACUCGAAGUGAAGGUGCCGCACGCCGUGCUCACCCUAAUGGACUAUAAAGGAAAUUACUGGUUCACAAAUAGCCGAAUGACUAAGUAUCAGGCCAUGAUGUGUGAAAACCCAAGAAUUCGGCUGACUGUUACAGGCACUCUGAAUCCAGCAUCCUUGCUCCCAGUCAGUGACCAGCCCGUCGACCACGACUGCAUCCAAACCAUGGAUGAGGUAUACUCCAGCUGCCCCGACCUGACUGAUGCACCUCUGCCUAGUCCCGACGUCGAGUACUAUACCGAUGGGAGCAGCUACGUCCAAGACGGGAGUCGCUAUGCUGGAUAUGCUGUCGUUACGCGCCAAAACAUUGUUGAGGCACGACCGUUACCGCCGGGAACGUCUGCUCAGAAGGCCGAACUGAUCGUCCUCACCCGAGCUCUAGAAUUGGCGGAGGGAGUGACCGCCAACAUCUAUACAGACUCAAAAUACGCUUUCUUGACUUUGCAUGCUCAUGGGGCGCUCUACAAAGAAAAAGGACUCAUGAACUCGGCAGGGAAAGCUAUCAGGUAUAGCGCUGAGAUUUUGAGGUUGCUGGAGGCUGUAUGGGCUCCACGAAAGGUCUCUGUGAUGCACUGUCGGGCUCAUCAGAAACCCCUAAGUCCUGUAAGUAUAGGAAAUCGAAAAGCAGAUGAAGCUGCAAAACAGGCCGCCAUGCAAGACAUAGGCAGGGGCGAGGAGUUGGUGUGCCCUAUCUUCCAGGUGCCACUAGCUGAAUGGACCCCCAGAUACAGUGUGGCCGAGGAGAGCUGGGCCACGACUCAGGGCGCCCCCCAGGUACGUGUGCAGGGAUGGAUUCAGUUGCCCGAUAAACGUUUGUUUGUGCCCGAAGCCUUGGCCUGGCCCUUAGUAGUUCAGGCCCAUGAGGGAACACAUUUUGGGAAAACUGCUUUGGCUGAGCUAUUGGACAGACAACUGUAUAUCCCGAAACUGCAUAGCUUAUGUGAAAAGGCAGCCCUUAGGUGUGUUCCCUGUGCACGUAACAACCCCAGACAAGGGCCCAGCCAUCCCCCAGGAAUCCAGCAUACAGGGACCACCCCUUUCGAGUGUAUAAUUACAGAUUUCACUGAAAUGCCCAGGUCGGGGUGCUGGAAAUAUUUGCUUGUCUUUGUAUGUACUUAUUCCAACUGGAUAGAGGCCUUCCCCACAAGAACUGAAAAGGCAGCAGAAGUAAUAAAGCAUUUGUUAAAAAGUAUUCUCCCAUUCUGGGGUCUCCCAAUGACUAUCUCAUCCGAUAACGGCCCGGCAUACAUCCAUAAGGUGGUUCAGGAGGUGUCACGGGUAUUGCAUAUUGAUUGGCGAUUGCAUGCCGCGUAUAGACCCCAGUCAUCAGGGAAAUGCGAAAGAGCUAACAGGUCAAUAAAAGCUCAGUUAUCGAAACUGUGUCAGGAAACGAGUUUAAAGUGGCCAGAUGCGCUGCCAAUUGCUCUGUUCAGGCUCAGAUGUUUACCCAAGAAAGGUCUGAAACUUAGCCCUUAUGAAAUUGUUUUUGGGCGACCCCCUCCGAUUGUAAAGGGAAUAAAAGCCGACCCAGCGCAGAUAGGGAACCUUGUUUGGUUUCAGGAGAUACAGUCAUUGGGGAAGGCAAUGAAUGAUGUGUCAAAAUAUGUCUUAGAAACUUUGCCCCUACAGGUCCAUAACCCAGUCCACCCAUUCCAGCCUGGGGAUACAGUGUGGGUAAAAGUCUGGAGGUCGCAGCCACUCCAGCCGAAGUGGAGAGGCCCGUUCACUGUUCUGCUUUCUACCCCAACUGCGAUAAAGGUCCAGGGACUGGCCAGGUGGAUUCAUUGGACACAUGUUAAGCGAGCCGCUCCCGAUUGGCAGAUGGGUCUAAUAGCUCCUCUGGAUUACGGUUUCAUCAUACCCGUGAGCGCAGGAGCUUUUGGAACCAUAUUUGUAUGGGUUUUCCUCUGCUGUUCCUUGUGGUGCCUGGAGCGUAAACGAAGGAAAAAGCUCAGGCAACGAGUGAUAGAAAUCAGGGAAAAUGUUGUCCGCUAUAGGCGUGAGUGCAUUGAUCUUUUGGAUACAAAUCCCCGUGAUUUGGAAGAUGCAGGCCGCAGCCUCGAGCCCUCAAGGGAGCAUGACGAUGCACAUACCCGACCCUUGCCAGGAACACCGAGCAGCCUCCACAGGUGCCCUGAAGUUCCAAGCAAGCCAGACGUCCCCGUCCGAUAUGUCACCUUCGGUGUCGAUCUCGACCCCUGA